GAUAAAGAUGAUUUUAAUUACAUCGCACAAAUCCCUUUAUACUGCAACCAAACUCUGGGCAGGCUGGCUGCCUCUGAGCCCUUCUGGCAUGUGGAGAGUUAACCAGGUUACCGGAUUCCUAGUCAACUUCUCUCACCAGGAAUGCAAGCCAUGUUUACCUAUAUAAGGAAACCUGUUCGGCUGACCUGAGUUUGGCGGAUUUCUGUGCUGCCUGGAGAGGCGAGGCGUGUGAGCACAGAGCCUGCGGAGGGGGAGUGAUCCGAGCUGGACAGAGCAAGCUUCCUGCACGCCUCAGCCAUUCAGCUGCUCCGAGGCGGGCUGCCCGGAGGACCUACGGGUUUGCCUCUUCCCGAUCACAGUUGAGGAGCCAAAGCCCCGUCCUGGGAAAAAAAAAAAUGGGGAAAUCGAUAGCUGAUCAGCUUCCUGGGAUUUUGCUGAUGACACAGGAGAGCUUUGCCUGAAGAUGGAAACACUGGAGUCGGAGCUGACCUGCCCUAUUUGUCUAGAGCUCUUCGAGGACCCUCUCCUGCUGCCCUGCGCACACAGCCUCUGCUUCAACUGCGCCCACCGCAUCCUGGUGUCCCACUGUGCCACCAACGAGUCCGUAGAAUCCAUCACCGCCUUCCAGUGCCCCACCUGCAGGCAUGUCAUCACGCUCAGCCAGCGAGGUCUAGACGGGCUCAAGCGCAACGUCACCCUGCAGAACAUCAUCGACAGGUUCCAGAAAGCCUCCGUGAGUGGACCCAACUCCCCCAGCGAAACUCGCCGAGAGCGCGCCUUCGACGCCAACACCAUGACCUCUGCCGAGAAAGUUCUCUGCCAGUUCUGUGACCAGGAGCCUGCCCAGGACGCGGUGAAAACCUGUGUCACUUGUGAAGUGUCCUACUGUGACGAGUGCCUGAAAGCCACUCACCCCAACAAGAAGCCCUUCACGGGCCACCGGCUGAUUGAGCCAAUUCCGGACUCGCACAUCCGGGGGCUGAUGUGCCUGGAGCACGAGGAUGAGAAGGUGAAUAUGUACUGUGUGACCGAUGACCAGUUAAUCUGUGCCUUGUGUAAACUGGUUGGGCGGCACCGAGACCAUCAGGUGGCAGCUUUGAGUGAGCGCUAUGACAAAUUGAAGCAAAACUUAGAGAGUAACCUCACCAACCUUAUUAAGAGGAACACGGAGCUGGAGACCCUUUUGGCCAAACUCAUCCAAACCUGUCAACAUGUGGAGGUUAAUGCAUCUCGUCAAGAGGCCAAAUUAGUGGAGGAAUGUGAUCUUCUCAUUGAGAUCAUCCAGCAAAGACGACAAAUCAUUGGAACCAAGAUCAAAGAAGGGAAGGUGAUGAGACUUCGCAAACUGGCUCAGCAGAUCGCAAACUGCAAACAGUGCAUCGAGCGCUCAGCUUCCCUCAUCUCCCAAGCGGAGCACUCUCUGAAGGAGAACGACCACGCACGAUUCCUACAGACAGCGAAGAACAUUACCGAGAGGGUCUCCAUGGCAACUGCAUCCUCCCAGGUCUUAAUUCCUGAAAUCAACCUCAACGACACAUUUGACACCUUUGCCUUAGAUUUUUCCCGAGAGAAGAAGCUGCUAGAAUGUUUGGAUUACCUUACAGCUCCCAACCCUCCAACAAUUCGAGAAGAGCUUUGCACAGCGUCCUAUGACACCAUCACUGUUCACUGGACCUCUGACGAUGAAUUCAGUGUGCUUUCUUACGAACUUCAGUACACUAUCUUCACCGGACAAGCCAAUGUUGUCAGCCUGUGCAACUCGGCUGACAGCUGGAUGAUCGUACCCAACAUCAAACAGAACCACUACACGGUGCAUGGCCUGCAGAGUGGCACCAAAUACAUCUUCGUGGUCAAGGCCAUCAACCAGGCAGGCAGUCGUAGCAGCGAGCCUGGCAAGCUGAAGACAAAUAGCCAACCUUUUAAACUGGACCCCAAGUCUGCACAUCGAAAGCUCAAGGUGUCCCACGACAACUUGACCGUAGAACGUGAUGAGUCUUCUUCCAAGAAGAGUCACACACCCGAACGCUUCACCAGCCAGGGGAGCUACGGCGUGGCUGGCAAUGUGUUCAUUGACAGUGGUCGCCACUACUGGGAAGUGGUCAUCAGCGGAAGCACAUGGUAUGCCAUUGGGCUCGCCUACAAAUCAGCCCCGAAGCAUGAGUGGAUUGGGAAGAACUCUGCUUCCUGGGCCCUGUGCCGCUGUCACAACAAUUGGGUGGUGCGACACAACAGCAAGGAAAUCCCCAUCGAGCCUGCUCCGCAUCUCCGCCGUGUCGGCAUCCUGCUGGACUACGAUAACGGCUCCAUUGCCUUCUAUGAUGCUUUGAACUCCAUCCACCUCUACACUUUCGACAUCACCUUCUCACAGCCUGUGUGCCCCACCUUCACUGUGUGGAACAAAUGUCUGACCAUUAUCACAGGCCUCCCCAUUCCUGACCACCUGGACUGCACAGAGCAGUUGCCCUAAGCACCAGCAGCAUGGAAACACUUCCAGGCAAUCAGAAGGCUUGUGGCCACCAUUUGGGGGGGACAGAGAAAGCCCAGAUUUCCCAAGUGUGAUUCACUCUUGUCCCCAAAGUGGCCAGAAAUUGGCCAAGAUCGGAUUCCAAUUGGGCAAUCUCCUCUCCCGACACUUUUAUGGUGUUGUUUUUUUUUUUGUUUCAAGUGCAGGCAUUCGCCAUUUCUUCACAUUUUGGGUUUCUAGCUACAGGAAAAUUUCUAGAUUAUUUAUAGAAGAAACAUAACUGAAAUUACAACACUUGGGAAUUAUUUGGGGUUUCACACAUCUAGAGUGUACUGGCUCUUUACAACUUUAAUUUCAACACAGUCUAUGGACUUGAGAAAAAAAAGUCUGGGAGCUUUGUAUGCUUACUCACCUUGUCACAUCCUAGCUCAUGCUGAUCCCACGGGAGGUCCUUGUCCCCUUAGUAGUAAAUAGCAGAAUCCACCACUAUUUGAAAAUGGAAAAAAAAAAAAAAAGUUUUGAACCUAGUAGGGAAGUAAAUGGUUUCUCUUCCUCUGGUUUGUUUUGAAGUGUUUUUAACUGAUGUCAGAAACUUUUAUUAGGUCAGCUAGAAUGGAAAGAAAAAGAAAAGAAUUGAUUUUGGGGCUUGGAAGCCACUGGAGCUGCGGCUUUACUUGCCCUCUGGUGUCACGUGGGAAAGUGCUGGGAAGAAAGGGCUCAGAAACUCCUGGCCAUGUUGUGCUCUGCUUUUCCCAGGAGUGCAGAUUCUGAGAGAACAUUCAAAAUGACUGCAGUUGAGUCCUACUGAUUCUUCACAACUGUGUUUUCU